GUUGCGUGUAAGACUCGCUUUACUUUAAUUGACCAUCCAGAAGAUUUAUAUCCGGAUGGCUCAUGCUGACUAUCCGGAUGUGUUGUGGAGACUAUCCGGAUGUGUACGCUCUGCCAGCGUCGUUUGCUCUUCCUUGGAUAGGAGAAGAUGAAACGUCGUUUGCCUUUCCUUGAGGCGGUCCGGAUAGGAUGUCUAUACCAUGCAUAUCCUUAGGGGAAUCCGGAUAAUGAUGGUCCGGCUGAUAGGGGAAUCCGGAUAAUGAUGGUCCGGCUGAUAACACGUGCCACGCGUCACUAUGAGCCGCGUGCCACGUGUUUCCCAAGGGGAGGGGUCCCUACAUUGCCCCCCUUUUUAACUUGCCUAUUUUGCCCAAAAAAUGGGCGGGUUAAAAAUAACUGGCUUUUGAAAACUGAAGAAGUCUCUUCGUCUGACUGGGCCACGUGGCGAGUGGGGGUGCGGAAGCCAAAAAGGCAUUUUUUAUGACGAGCCGCCGACCCUGCGUAUCCCCAGACAAUAUGUCGUUUCAAUGAUAACAUGGCUGUUGGUUUGGCUUUCCGAGGGGCUGUCCUGCUAUAAAUAGGUGCUUUUGUAUCGCAACUUUGUUGGUUUGCUGCUGGUGAUUUCGUAUCAAGGCGGUACCCGUUCUUCUUCUUCGGUGCUGUAUUUGGUACGUAUCUCUUUGCUACUGCCGUUCCUUUGGUUGCGUUUGCUGGUUCUUUAUACUUGCUUUCUGGCUUGCUUGGGCAUUGUUUUGGACGAGUCGUUCGCAAUUGUUGUUGAAUGUUGGUACUUUGUUGUUGUUUGGAGGGGUUUUUGAGGGGUUUUUCUGACGGCUUUGAGUUAGGGUUUGUGUAUUUUCUGAUUGCUUGGUCUGAACCAUUUGCAUUGUUUUUGCGUGUAGAUUUUGCUUUGGCUUUGUGGUAAGAAAUGGCUCCAAAAAAGAUUGUUUCGUCUGUCCGGGUCAGCGAGGCUAGCGAAAAGGCGAUAGACAAAUUAAAUGCGAAGGAGUUCCGGGAGCGAUUCCUGAUCCCCCAUGACGUAUUGAUAGACCUGGUGAACGAGGAGGCGGCUAUGCCUACUGAGAAAGGUGGAAAAAACGCUAUCCUCUUCACAAAGGAACAAUUCAACGCGGGGCUCCGGUUCCCUCUGCCGGCGUUGUUCAAGGAAUUCCUCCACUUCUCUCAAAUUCCCCCCAUCUUUAUUCACCCCAACCUUGUCCGGGUGCUGAUGGGAUGCAGCAUCAUCAACAUGCUGUACAGCCUCGACCUGACGCUACUGGAAGUGUUCUUUGUCUAUUCCCUGAAGAAAGCAAAGAAUGAUAUCUUCAGUGUGUCCGCUCACCUGCCCUCCCUUCAAAUGGUGACAGAACUGCCAGAUUCGACAAAGGGAGGGGCGAAGGGGCUGGUGGCAGUCUGGGGUGGAUGGGCGGGGCUAUCGCAGCAUCCGUCGAGGCCUUUUUCUCCGAAUUAUACCCUAAAAGUUCCGGGUUUGGAAUUGAGGGGCCACCUUGUGGAUUGGGUGGAAAAGGCAUCCUUUGCCUGUGUCUGCAAAUUAUUUGAAAUAGAUCCCAAGGAGAGGGCCUACAAAACAUUGCUCUCGGCGCGGAAUUUGACAGAGGUCGUCCGGGAGCCCCAGGAAUAUGUUAUCAACAUCCUUCCUAGGAAAUUGGCAAAGGAUGAGAUAGUGCCUGGGGAGCAUUAUACAGUGAAAGAGCUCCCCCUCUAUCAGGAAGCUAAAGAAGCUGACGCUGAAAGGCGGCGAAAGCUCCUGGAGGAUAGAGAUCAGAAAAAGACUGAAGGCACUAUCCGGAAGGCUCCCGGGCAGAAGCGGGGUCCGGACUCCCCUCCGAAGAAAACUUCAGGAAAAAGGGGGAAGCUGGUGAAGAAGCAUGGGAAGGAUGCGAAGGAACCCACUCCUCCCAAGGAGUUUCCUCCUCCACAAACUACCUAUGAGGGGGAAGUAAUGAUAGAGGAGCCAGUAAAUGCUGCUCCGCAUUCUAUCUCAAGCGGCCCCGGGCGCAUGUCGGGGUUGAAUCACUCAGGUCCCUCCUUAAUCGCGGCUGCGCGUCUAGCCAACGUGGCUGAGGAAGCUGCAUCUAUCAACCAUCCGGGCAACCUCAAUCCGGAUGCAGCUGAAACGGCCCCGUUGGAGGAAGCGGGGGCAGAAAGCCAAAGUCAGCCUUCCGACGACCCGGAUCGCCUGGCUAUAGUCCUGGUGAAAGAGCCUCCCCUCAAGAAGCCGCGUUUGACGCGCGAUCUACAGUCCGGACUCUUUGAGCGGCUUCAAGAGCGGCAGCAAGAGAUUGAAAUUAGUUGCGCUUCUGCCCAUGACGCUCAUCCGGAUGGAGGCGAGGUGGAGAUGGCUACUGAGACCUCAGCCGUUCCGGCAAUAAUUCCGGCUGAGGAUGCAUCCGGACCUAUGUGCCCGGACGAAAAUAUGGGGGCUCCGAUUUCGGGACACGAGCUACCCUCUCCUUCCUCAUCCGAGGAGCAAUCUGCUGAUGAUGCCGCUCCCGCUAGCCCUUUCAGCUACGCGGAGUUGGAAGCUAAGUUAAAGCAGAUUACUCCUGACUGGAAAGCCAUCAAGCCCUCUGCUAAGAUGUUUGAUAUGAUAGAAACGCUGGUGAGGGGCCUCCGCAGCAUGUCUCAACAACACGCUCUUUUUACUCAGCUGCUGCAGACCGCAGACUAUAUGAGGACCUUCUCCUCUCGGCACCAAGAGAUUGAAAAUCAACUGCGUCUGAGAAUGGAGGAGGCUGAGGCCAGUCUAUCCACCAUGCGAGAGGAAAAUGAAGCCCUCCGGGUGGAGUUGGCUGAGGCAAAGGGUCAAGAAGAAUCAACUGCGGGCCGCCUUCAUGAGGCGGAGGGUGAGGCAGCCCGGCUAAGGGAUGAAUUGAGUCGACUCCGGACAGAAGUUUUGAAUGAAAAGAAACAGAAGGAAGACUUGCAGCUGCGUCUGGAUGUGCAAAAAGAGGAACUUGAACGGGAGUUUGCUGUGGAAAGGGAGGAACUUGCAGCGGAUUACCAGAGACAAGUGGAUGAUACAUUUAUCUUUGGGUAUCGCUGCUGCAUGAAGAAGAACGGUAUAAAGCGAGAUACCCCUUCAAUUCCUCCAAGUGAAGAAAAGAAGCUCCAUGAGAAACCUGCUCCCCGAUAGUUUAUAUCUUCUUGCAAUUUUUCUGCUGUAAUUUUUCCUUCUGUAUAUUUUUGUGGUCCGGAUGUCUCUUUGUAAUUUACAUUUACUCAUAUCAAUAAAACUUACUUCUUUCUCA